AUGCUGCACAGCCAUGCUGACUUUCCUUCCCUGUUCUUCAUUACAGUGUUGCACGGACCAGGAUGUCCUCCAAGGCCCAGAGUAACCUACCCCAGGCCCGGCAGAUAGUGCAGCAGCUGAGACUAGAGGCAAGAAGGGAGAGGAUAAAGGUCUCCAAAGCCUCUGCUGAGCUGAUGAACUACUGCAUGGAACAGGCCAGAGGGGACCCGCUCCUCAGAGCCAUCCCUGCUUCAGAAAACCCUUUCAAGGAAAAAAAACCCUGCACUAUAUUGUAGUGGACGCCCUGUUUUCUUUUCUUUUUGCUUCUUAAUGUCGCUGUUUUCUUCAUGUUGGGAGGAGCGAGACUUGAACCGGGAAUCAUAUCAUUACAUGUUUUAACAAUUCAUUCAUAAUCACUCACAUGUGGCUGUCCUAUCAGUGAGAUAUUUACCAAAACUACUGAGCUGCCGUUCUUCAGCCUGAACUUCAUUACCAACACUUUGGAAAUCUUUGGCUGUUUGGGUUCACGUCUUCUUUACGAAGCUUAUUUUAAUGGCUGUACCCUGUCAGUUUUCAUACAGUUGUGCCUUCAGUGGGCAGUGACUGUUAUUUCCUUCUCUGCUUUGCCUUAAAUGGAAACCAACAACCAAAGUUUCCAACCUGUUUUUUUUUUUAUAAUCUUCACAUGGUUGAGAAUCACUGCGGAGGUUUUACCAUGUGGUAAAAUAUGCGGCUAAAUUCUUAGAUCACAGUUUCCGAAUGUUUGCCAAUAUGUAUUUUUAUGUAUUGAUAGAAAUCAGGUAUUAAUUAAUUCCAAUUAUAAGAAGACAGAAGUAUUUUACAGCUGAUCAAAGCUCUGAACAGCCAAUGACAAUCUGCUUUUCAUUUAACUGCCAAUUAGUUUUUGUUUUAUUUUAUU